CCAAAUUCUCAAUUUGUUGUAUGAACGGUAAGAUUGUGUUACCACACUUAGAAAAACCUCCUGCGUUGCUCUACAACCUCCUUACAGGAAAUGACCAUUGAUCGAAGAAUUUCAUUGAGAACAUUAGGUGUUACAAUAGCAUGUUUGCAUUUACAUCUAUUGGUGGAAAGGUUGUGUCUUCGGUGAAUGACGGUGGUGGUCCUCCACAGUUUAUUUUGAGCGGGCAAAAUUAUCAUCGGAUUGGUAGCUUGCUUCCACCGGAAGGAAAGACUCCUAAAUUUGCCCAGUUAUAUAUCUAUGACACGCAUAAUGAGCUUCAGAAUAGAAUGCAGCAUUUCAGUUCAUCUGAAAAGGGUGGAAGUGUUGAUAUUAGUAUUGUGCGUGAUUUAAAAAAUAUGGUAGAUGAACACAACAAAUUAGCUCAAUCAUUCCGUCGUGUUCGAGAUUAUCUACAUGAAAACGAAGGCACUCAAUUAUCUUUAAGAUUAUUCAGAAGUCGAGGUCGAGAUCUGAGGACAUAUAAUCUUCCUACAUGUGAUGAAGUUGCAGCAUUGAUAGUUGGUGAUUUUAAUAAUGAGGAGGUUGGAAGAGAUAUUAUAGUGAAAACAAGUGACGGAAUGUUGCAGAGAAUUCAUGAAACACAUACUGCAUUCAUACCUCUGCAGUAUCCUUUGAUGUUCCCGUAUGGUGAUGAUGGUUACCAAGAAGACAUACCAUACAGUGAGGAAUACUUAGAGUUAGACUAAGAGAAUAUAUUGCAUACAGAAUACAAGAUAGACAUGUAGAGUAUGGCAAUAUUCUACUAGGCAGAAGACUCUUUCAGCAAUUUGUGGUUGAUACGUACACUAUGAUUGAAUCACAGCGGUUAUCAUUUGUUAGAAGAAACCAGAAUUUAAUAAGAGUAGAUUUUCUUAAUGGGCUGGAAGAAGCUAUUGACAGAGGAGAGACAGAUCCGACUACUGUUGGCAUGCAUGUUAUAUUACCUUCAUCAUUUAUGGGCGGGAUGCAAUACAUGUUUAAUAACUGCCAAGAUGCUAUGGCCAUUUGCAAAAAAUAUGGCUAUCCAAACCUUUUUAUCACUGCUACGUGCAAUGCAGCUUGGAGUGAAAUUAAAAGAUAUGUUCGUCCAAUGAACCCUCGUCCAGAUGAUAGGCCGGAUAUAUGUUGUAGAGUUUUCAAGAUGAAACUAGACCAAAUGAUGUCUGAUUUUAAACAAGGUGCUAUCUUUGGUGGAAUUGAAGCAGGUAU